UGGUGUCGGGUCGAAAACCUGCUUCAAGGUUUGUAAUCUAGACAUCAAUGUCUAACUGUUUGUAGUGUCACACAGUCGUGACAUGUCUUCUUAUAUUCGUCGCUGUAUUUGCAUACCAACUUGUUUCUUCACCGGACAGUCAGCAGAGUUUAAAGCGUAUGACGGCACUGCGGUCCGGGGUUGACGUUAAACUGGUGUAACGUUAGCUAGCCGCUAACAAUAAAGCGAGCACCCUCGAUCUAAAGUCAACAAUAAAGGGUGGUUUGGUUUAGUGUUUUGUGGUAGCAACACAAUUUCCUCUGAUGCGAACCAAAAAUAUGAAACUGCGCAUGGUUCAAUAAAGCUGAGGCAUCAUGUCGGACAAAAGUGAGCUGAAAGCAGAGCUUGAAAGGAAGAAACAACGCCUGGCACAAAUCCGGGAGGAGAAGAAAAGGAAGGAGGAGGAGCGGAAGAAACAAGCGGCAGACCAAUUGAAAGAAGCCGCACAUCACCAAGAUGAUUCUGACCUGGAGAAAAAAAGACGCGAGGCUGAGGCUAUUCUACAGAGUAUGGGCAUAACCGCAGAUGCCCCUGUUGUCCCUCCUCCGAUCUCUCCAACGACCAAAUCAGCGGGUACACCAAGUGAGGCCGGGAGCCAAGACUCUGACGGUGCCGUGGGACCCAGGCGUGGAACUCCGAAGCUCGGAAUGGCCAAAAUCACACAAGUGGACUUCCCUCCCCGUGAGACUGUGUCCUACACCAAAGAAACCCAGACACCUGUCGUGACUCAGCAAAAAGAAGAGGAAGAAGAAGAGGAAGAAAGUGCUCCACCUCAGCCGGUAUUGGAGACUCAGACUGAGAAACCGGACCAAAAAGUGGAGGAGGAAGCGCCCCCCCACGAGCUGACCGAGGAGGAAAAACUCCAGAUCUUGCACUCGGAAGAGUUUGUGAACUUCUUCGACCACACCACUCGCAUUGUUGAGCGGGCCCUGUCGGAGCACGUGGACCUCUUCUUCGACUACAGCGGGCGCGACCUGGAGGAGAAGGAGGGUGAAAUCCAGGCCGGAACAAAGCUCUCUGUCAACAGGCAGUUCUUGGAUGAGCGCUGGUCCAAGCAUCGCGUUGUCACCUGCCUGGACUGGUCCCUCCAGUAUCCUGAACUCCUGCUCGCCUCGUACAACAACAAUGAGGAGGCUCCUCACGAGCCGGACGGCGUGGCCUUGGUGUGGAACAUGAAGUACAAGAAGGCCACACCGGAGUACGUCUUCCACUGUCAGUCCGCCGUCAUGUCGGCAGCUUUUGCCAAGUUUCACCCCAACGUUGUGGUGGGGGGCACGUACUCGGGGCAGAUUGUGCUGUGGGACAACAGGAGCAACAAGAGGACCCCGGUGCAGAGGACCCCCCUGUCGGCGGCGGCACACACGCACCCUGUGUACUGCGUCAACGUGGUCGGCACCCAGAACGCCCACAACCUCAUUAGCAUCUCCACUGACGGCAAGAUCUGCUCCUGGAGUCUGGACAUGCUCUCCCAGCCACAGGACAGCAUGGAGCUGGUGUUCAAGCAGUCCAAAGCUGUAGCCGUCACCUCGAUGUCCUUCCCUCUCGGGGAUGUCAACAAUUUCGUGGUGGGCAGCGAGGACGGCUCGGUCUACAUGUCGUGUCGUCAUGGAAGCAAAGCAGGCAUAAGUGAGAUGUUUGAGGGCCACCAAGGGCCCAUCACAGGGAUCAACUGCCACACAGCUGCAGGGCCUCUGGACUUCUCCCACCUGUUUGUCACCUCCUCCUUCGACUGGACAGUCAAGCUGUGGAGCACCAAGAACAACAAGCCUCUCUACUCAUUUGAAGAUAACUCUGAUUACGUGUACGACGUCAUGUGGUCUCCGACUCACCCGGCCCUGUUUGCCUGCGUGGACGGCGUGGGUCAUCUGGACCUGUGGAACCUCAACAACGACACCGAGGUCCCUACCGCCAGCGUCACCGUGGACGGUAACCCGGCUCUAAACAGGGUCAGAUGGGCUCAUUCCGGCAGAGAAAUCGCCGUGGGAGACUCUGAUGGGCGGGUCCUCGUAUAUGAUGUUGGAGAGCAAACGGCGGUUCCCCGAAACGACGAGUGGACACGUUUUGUUCGCACGCUGGCAGAGAUCAACGAGAACAGAGACGAUGCAGAGGAGCUGGCAGCUCAGCGCCUGGCUGCCUGAUCCACUCGCCAACAGAGGCGAGGUUUAAGGGACCAGUGGCGCGCUGGUGGAUAUCAGCCCUGUUUCUGGUGGAAGGAAAAGAUGGCGGCGGCGGGGAGAUUGCGGUUUGAUUGUAAAAAAAAGUAUGGACCUUUUUUUUUGAUUUAUUAGAGAAAUCUUUCUAUUCAGUUAGCUGGACCGUCAGCAGUCUUCCUUGGAUUAACUCAAGCGACGGGGCCCUCGGCCUCAGACACUAACACAACGCCACACCCACAGAACACAAACCAGCUGGCCUUUUUUCAACAGAUGCCUUUAACCUUUUCAUUUUGAUUGCAAAAUGUUGUCUUCACUUUGGGGCACGUUAGCAUGGGCUUCACUUUUGAGUUCCUGAAUCUAAAUUAGUAAAAGUAGAGUAAUCACAUCUUUUAAAGACUUCAUGACUGUAGAACCAUGUUGUCAUCUGCUUCUUUAAACCCGAUGAUCCGAAUUAUUCAAGUCCAAAAAGCAGAUGUCUUUCUACAUCAAUCAACUCUGUACCAGUUUUCACCUAAUCAGUGCAGCUGGUUAGACUGGGGGGGAAAUAUCCUCAAUGCCUAAGAAGAUGAUCAUGUAUGCUGUAACUGCUCAGUCAUGUAUGUUAACAGGAUCUGAACAGAUUGUUUGUUUCCUGAAGAAUCUCAACGCUUGGUGUCAAAAGUGAGAAUGUACUUUUCACACAGUAGAAACGCACAGUUUGAAUGAUUUAUUUCAAUAAAAUACAAUAAAUACAUUUAAAUUA